AUGGAGGCUCUCUACAAUAAUUGGCGGUCUCUUCCGCUAUCAUUAUCUGUCCCGAUAACAGGAUUUAUCAUCAUCGUUAUCGCGACAAUCACCAACGUCAUCAAACAGCUAUGGUUCCCGAAUCCUCACCGCCCUCCAGUAGUAUUUCACAUAUUUCCACUCAUCGGCAGCACGGUUCAGUAUGGAAUUGAUCCGUAUAAAUUCUUCUUUGAUUGUCAAGCCAAGUAUGGUGAUUGUUUCACGUUUAUCCUGCUGGGCAAGUCGACGACUGUUUUUCUGGGGCCGAAGGGGAAUGACUUCAUCUUAAAUGGGAAGCAUGCGGACCUUAAUGCUGAAGAUGUCUAUGGGAAGCUUACGACGCCUGUUUUUGGGAAGGAGCUUCUCAAACUUGGUCUCACGACAGACUCAUUGCGAUGCUACAUCCCCAAAUUCGUCAAGGAAGUCGAAGACUACAUCGCCACCUCACCUUACUUCAAAGGCACCACCGGCAUCGUCAACAUCACCGAAGUAAUGGCCGAAAUCACAAUCUACACCGCAGCAGGGUCCCUCCUCGGCAACGAAGUCCGUUCUAUGUUCGACAGCACUUUCGCAACGCUCUACCGCCAUCUCGACGAUGGUUUCCAGCCCAUUAACUUCGUCAUGCCGGGUCUUCCCUUACCACAGAACUUCCGUCGCGAUCAUGCACGAAAGGUCAUGGAAGAGCUUUUCAGCGAUAUUAUACGUAAACGUCGUGAGACUGGAAAUCAGGGUGAUGAGACUGAUAUGGUUUGGACACUUAUGAAUGCUAAGUAUAAGGAUGGUGAGGAUUUGCCGGAUCAUCAUGCGGCGAGGAUGUUGAUUGCUAUUCUGAUGGGUGGGCAGCAUAAUACAGCUGCGAGUGGUGCUUGGCUUCUUCUCAACCUUGCACAUAAACCGCAUCUGGUCAAGGAAUUGUAUGAUGAGCAGAUUGAGGUUUUGGUAUCACCGCAAGAGCCGUUGACGUGGGAGAAUUUGCAGAAGUUGACGCUGAAUGGACAGGUUAUCAAGGAGACCUUGCGUCUUCAUAGUCCAAUCCACUCCAUUCUCCGACAGGUCAAGUCACCUAUGCGAGUUCCCGGCACGUAUUGGGUUGUUCCGCCGUCUCAUACACUCCUCGCUUCACCGGGCACACAAGCACGAUCCGAGGAAUUCUUUCCUCGACCUAUGGAAUGGGAUCCUCAUCGGUGGGAUAAGAUCGAGUCUCUUGAGGACGCCAAGGGUAGUGGGGAGACAGUUGAUUAUGGCUUCGGUAUGAUGAAUAAGUCUGUUAGCAGUCCGUAUCUACCUUUUGGUGCGGGACGACAUCGCUGUGUUGGAGAGAACUAUGCGUAUGCACAGCUUGGUGCCAUUAUUGCAACGUUUGUGAGACUGCUCCACAUUGAGAAGCCUGGUCCUAAGGCACCUCUUCCUGCGCCUGACUAUUCAUCAAUGUUUUCCCGUCCUAUGAACCCAGCCGUCGUCCGAUGGACUCGUCGUAACACCGAGGCUGAUUAG